AUGAAGCCUGCUAAGCGACGCUCCACGACAAUGGACGAACAGACAUUUGUUCCGGACACGAUGAGAGCUUUAUACUGGUCUCCAGCCUCUACCGCACUCCUGGAUGACACCUCUUUAGAUGAACCGCGGGUGGAUUCUGAAGUGGUUUUUGAUACAAAUUUCCCAACGCCAAAGCCUUCGCCACGCCAGUAUUUGAUCAAAGUUCAAACUGCUGCCUUCUCGCUCGACGAACUCAGAGUCUCCAAAGCAAAAAAUCCGUCAAAGUCAAUACCCCAAGUUCCGGUACACAGCUUUUGCGGUACGAUUAUCAGUACACCGACUGAAGAUCACGAGAAGCCCGACGGACCAAAAUUCAAAGUAGACGAGGCUGUUUUUGGAUUGAUCAGCUACUCUGCCGACGGCGCAGCAGCUGACUAUGUCCUUGCGACGGAGGACCAGAUCGCUCACAAACCAAAGAACAUCUCAGCCGCAGAGGCAGCCACUAUCCCUCUACCUGCGCUUACAGCCUGGCAAGCUCUCUUUAAGUAUGCUGGCCUUGAUCCUGGAAAGCAUAACAAAGAGACUCACGGCAAACUCCGUAUCCUCAUCACGAACGCGCGUCCCAGCGAAGUUGGUACACAAGCUCUACACCUGCUCCGGUCUCCUGACCUAUUUCCCCACCACCCUCCGUGGAUUUGCGCAACGUAUGCUUCCAAAGACGAAGAAGAGAUGCUCCGCAAUGAGUUCAAAGUUGACGAGACUAUUCUCGCUCCUGAACCUGCACCCAAGGAUUUUGACCUGACUUCCAUCUUCCGCAAGAACAAAUGGGAGCCCGUCGACGUUGUCCUAGAUUACACGGGCGAAGACAUCCUCCACCAGGCCAACAACCCGGCUAUCGUUAAGGAUGGUGGUGCCGUUCUCACAGCGGUGGACGCCAGCCCAGUAUUCAACAUAGUUCCGAAAGGAAAGGACGGCGAAGGACCGUCUACCAAGCUUGUUUCGGUGGAGCCAGAUGGGAAAACCCUCGGCCUGAUUUCCAAGAUGGUCGAGGAUAAUAUCGUUCGCGGAAGGGUCGAGACUGUCAUCGACCUCGUCGACGGAGCGGAUUUCCUGUCUUCCGAUGCUCCUGCUGCUGGUGGUAGAUCGAGAGCUGGGAUUUUUGUGUUUAGGGUGAACCCUUGA